ACACACACCAGCAGGAACGGAGAGCCUUCGGUCGUGCGAGUUUUGCUACAGUUUUCAUCGUGCAAAGGUGACGCCAGGAACGCUCCCAGCGCGUGUGUGUUUGUUUGCGUGAAGCGAUUACAGUUGGAGCAGUCCAUUAAACGUUUGUUUGUUUUCCGUUUUACACCCUAUGAUAGCUCGUACGACUUUUUACAGUCUCAGAAUCCAGAAUCCAACUCGGCAAAGGUGACCGGAACCGUGUCCGAGCCCGGGAGCGCUUACCCCGAAGAACGUGUGUGUUCGCAUUUAUCGAUUUGUGUACCGGGGGGUGAAAACCGGAAGAAUACUACCGGUGCACACAAGUGUAAAGGAAAAAGAAGAAGAAACAAAAAGGGCAGUAAUCCCUAGUGUCUGUGUUUGUGUGCUUGUGGCAGUACAAUUGUGUGAGCUGUUUUCCCCCCUUUGCUGCAAAGGACAAGACGUGGGAGGACCCACCUGGACACUGGACACACACCCACACCUUGUGGAAAUUAAUUCCCUUUUCUGUGUGACGCUGUGAGCCGUACAUUGUGUGCUUGAAUAGUGUGACCACUUUUCCAGGGGGGGUCACAGGGACGUCGGCAUCGAAAAUGACAUCAUUCUUUAACGUUGGGGCCCUCGGGGGCAACCCUUUCUCGACGCUCGUUGGACAGAAAGUUGGAUUUUUUUUUGUUCAAUAGUGUAUGAAACACCCAGAAACCCUUCACUGAAUGUGUGACAAAAAGGAAGAAAUUAUGACUAAAAUCCCUUCGGUGCGGCAUUAAUGGCAUCGUCAUGCUUGAAAAGCCCAAAGAUUACGCGCGCGCGUCCACAGACGCAAUCCGGCCUUGGAGGUGAAAGUCCACCCGGCCCCGUGUGCCCAUGGACACUUUCCCCACCCCCUUGCCCAGCACGAAAAGUCGUUACGAAAGCAAAUGGGAAUGGAAAUCGUUCAGCCCGGUAUCUGUUUGACCGUUGCAAUGAUGAGAUUCAUAGCAAGCGACAGAUGCUAGUCUCGCCUCGGAAAACUGGGCACUCAACAUGGAAAUCUGUGAUAUGAUCAACGAAUCGUCGGACGGUGCCCGGGACGCGAUGAAGGCGAUAAGGAAGCGAUUGACGCAGAAUGCGGGCAAAAACUACACCGUCAUCAUGUACACGCUGACCGUGCUGGAAACGUGCGUGAAGAACUGUGGCAAAGCGUUCCACGUGCUGGUCGCGAACAAAGAGUUCAUCCAGGAGCUGGUGAAACUGAUCGGCCCGAAGAACGAUCCACCCCCGAUCGUGCAGGAAAAGGUGCUCAGUCUGAUACAGAUCUGGGCCGAUGCGUUCCGCUCCCAGCCCGACCUGAACGGGGUGGUGCAGGUGUACCAGGAGCUCAAGAACAAGGGCAUCGAGUUUCCGGCCACGGAUCUGGACGCGAUCGCACCGAUUUACACGCCGCAAAGGAGCGUCCCUGACGGUGCUCCAGCGACGGAAAGUGCAAACACUCUGCCGGUUUCACCACAUCACCAUCAUGCUUCACAAACGCCAGGAUCGCCAGCAAUGCCUCCACCGUCAUCGAUGUCGCAGGAUCAGAUCGCCAAGCUGCAGUCGGAGCUGGACAUCGUGGCAAUGAACAUGUCCAUCCUGGGCGAGAUGCUAACCGAGCUGAAGCCGGGCCAGGAAGAUGCGGCCGACUACAAGCUGCUGACCGAUCUAACUUCCACUUGCCGGGAAAUGCAAAACCGAAUCGUCGAUCUGAUCGGCAAGGUGCAGCACGACGAGCUGACCGCCGAGCUGCUCCGGUUGAACGACGAGCUGAACAAUCUGUUCCUGCGGCACGCCCGGUACGAGAAGAACCGCGACCCGAAGAAUGCCUCCAGCGCGACACCGUCCGCCAUCCUUGGGGCGGCGCUCGGUGCCGUUGAAAUGCGCGACCCGUCGCUGAUCGAUCUGAGCGAAGAGCCGGGCGCUACCGGUGGUGGUGGUGCGGCCGGACACAACGUGUCCACCCAGCUGGCAGGGCUUAGCCUGGCGGCGGCCGGUUCGACGGCGACCGCCUCGUCACAGCUUGCCCAGCUCACGAGCGUAACGGCCCAGUCCGGUUCGUCGAUUGGCGGGGCCAAGUCACCGAACAGGGCGACCACCACUGCCGGGGCACCGGCCGGCAGCAACAUUCCACCGGACGUCGUAUCGGACGAGUUCGAUAUGUUCGCCCAAUCGCGAAACACUACCGGCGAGAAAGAACCUUCACACCGAUUAGAUGCUUUGGGUGCGCCGGCAGGCGCCAACACGGCAGCGCUGGGUACGAGGGAAUCGGAAUUUGACGAGAUCGAACAGUGGCUAGGAAAUCCGGACGACAUUGACAACCUCGAGGCGCAAUUGGCGGCUGCCGGAGCGAUGGGCGGCGUUGACGGGGGCGCUGGCCACGGUGCCGGCACGGAGGAAAGCCUAACGAGCAAGGAGUUCGAAAAGUUCCUCGCCGAACGGGCGGCCGUAGCCGAAACGUUACCGACGAUCAGUAGCAGCAGUACCACCAGCCCGGCAACCACAGCCAAAGAUCGCAAGAAAAAGUCCGACGAAACGGACGGUCUGCUAGCGCUGUGAAGCGAAUGCGCGGGGUGAUCGUGAUCGGGGAUAUCGGGGACACACUGUUUGUUUGCAGGGGAGGCGCCCCGGCAAGUUGUUUCGUUUGAUGGUUUUAUUUUGUAAUUAUUGUUUAAUAUAGUUUCUGCUCCAGUCGCGCGCGCGUCCUUUUGGAGGUAUUAGUGUUUGUUUUUCACAUUUAGGGGUUUCUAGGGGCAGUAGAAAUGCAAACAGAGAGCUAGAUAGAGAAAGAGCGCAGAAUGUAAGAGAUGGAUCGGGAUAGAAAGUUUUGGUGAAAAUAUUUAGUGAAAAGAAAAGCCAAAAAAAAACCCAAAAUUUAAAAAAGGAAAAAGGGAGCAGCAUCAUCUCUGUUUUUGUUUUUAGAUUUGCACCUUUUUUUAUUAUUUUAUCGCCGUCACGGCACAGCGAAUGUGAGCCAUAUUAUACAUAUACAAGAGCAAAAGUGCUGCUGCUAGCUACCACGUACGGAACUGGGAGGGACGCGGAAUCAUUAUGGGACGAAAACAGAAAAAAAAAUACACACAGACAAACAAACAAAGACGCGAGCAUCGUAAUAGAAGGAGAAAAUAUAUUUCAUUGUGACCCUAGUUGCGUAUUGUAUUAAGGUUACAAACCAACCUUACGUUCGGUACGGGGAAAGAAACGUUGUGAAAGGGUUCUUGAAAUUCGAAAAAGGAUGAAUUGAAAAUCGCGUAGGGAAUGAAAAAUGAAGCUGAUUUCGGGGUGUGUCAUCAUCGAUCGAAUCGACAGGUUGCAUAAUUUGUUUAAUUUCCUUUUAAUAGUUGUGUGCAAAACAAACAAAUCAACAAAAAAACGAUUCGAUGUUGUGAUUGUUAGCUUUUUUAUGUGCUGUGUUGUUUGUUUGAAGAAAAAAAAAGUACGCGUGUUGAUGCUUCUGAACGUAAAAUACCAACGCUCAUCAAACUAUGAUGAAAACAGUGCAGUAUGUAAAGGGUCACCAUUAAAAUUACCCACCAAUAGGGCUUAACGAAAAACCGAA